AUGGCGCUCUCUUGGAAAUCCUUCGACUUCUUCGAUGUCAGCCAGGUUAAGCUCGCCGACGACGACGAGACACGCGCCUUCUUCGACAGCAACGAGAUAUCCAGCGUCUGCUCUGGCUCCGAUAGCCUCUUCCUCGGGAGCUCCGACGGCCAUGUGCGCAUCGUAGGCCCCAGCUGGAGGAUCGUCCGCAGCUUCCAGGCGCACGAGAAUGUCCGCAUCUCGCACAUGCGCCAGGUCGAGGGGACGAGCUUGCUUGAGGAUCUCAGCGGCGAGCCGGUACUGAAGGUCUGGGCUUUAGACAAGCCGGUCAAGAAGACGGGUAUGCCGACCUGCCUGAGCAGCGUGACGAUUCACAAUGGAAGAAAACAAUUUCCCGUAUCGGCCUUCGCCGCGACAGAAGACCUGUCCCAGAUCGCUGUCGGCUUCGCGAACGGCGCAGUGACAGUCAUACGAGGAGACCUGGUCAAUGACCGCGGCGCAAAACAACGAAUAGUGUACGAGUCCGAAGAACCGAUCACUGGAGUCGAAUUGCGAGCCGACGAAAGACUGACGACCCUCUUCAUCUCGACGGUGUCGCGGAUCCUGAAGUUGACAAUCUCCGGAAGAGGGCAAGGGCAGCCACCGAAAACAGUCGAGGACCUAGGGUGCGGCGUCGGAUGCAUGGCCGUAGACAAGAGAGACGGGAACAUUGUUGUUGCAAGAGACGAUGCGAUAUACUAUUACACGCAGGAUGGACGAGGGCCUCCCAAAGCAUACGAUUCGCCGAAGGAGCUGGUGACAGUAUACCAACAAUACGUUGCAAUCGUAUCGCCUCCGUCAUCAGCUCAGUCUUUGAGGGAUCCAGAAUCAUUACGAAGGCGCUUUGGGGGCUCCGCGGCUGAUGCCAUCUUCAACGCGUCGACCUUCUCCCUAUUGGAGCCAGAUCUCAAGGUGAUCGCACACACCGAGACUCUCAUCUCCAAGGUGAUUGCUGUUUUCGAAUUGUGGGGUGAUCUAUACACUUUGACACAAGAUGGAAAGGUUCACAAAUACCACGAAAAGACUCUUCAGCAGAGGCUGGAGAUGCUCUAUCAGAGGAACCUCUACCCCUUCGCGAUAUCGCUCGCACAGACUGCCGGCCUGGACAAACAACAGCAAAACGUCAUUUUCCGCAAGUACGGCGAUCACUUGUAUCAAAAGGGAGAGUAUGAUCAGGCCAUGGCCCAGUACAUAAAGGCAAUCGACAAUACAGAACCGUCGCAGGUAAUCAGAAAAUUCCUGGACACUCAGAGGAUACACAACCUCAUCGAGUAUCUGGAGCAGCUUCAUGAACAUGGGAAGGCCACCUCGGACCACACUACACUGCUGUUGAACUGCUAUGCAAAAUUGAAAGACAUUGAGAAGCUGGAGGCAUUCAUUAAGCAACCUGGGGAGCUCAAGUUUGACCUGGACACGGCAAUAACAAUGUGCAGGCAAGGAGGGUAUUUCGAACAAGCUGCGUACCUGGCCAAGAAACAUGGCGAGAACGAUUUGGUGGUGGAUAUUCUGAUUGAAGACCUGAAGGACUAUAAAGAAGCCCUCAGCUUCAUAUGGCAUCUCGAUCCGCAAACGGCUUACCCUUGCUUGAUGAAAUAUGCCCGGGUCCUUAUCGAGCAUUGUCCACAAGGCUCAACACAAAUAUUCAUCGAGUAUUACACGGGAAACUAUCGUCCGCGAGCACGCCACGCUGCCACCAUUGAGACCCCGUCAUCAGGCGGUGGACGCUUUGUAGCUGGCGCAGCGAGCGCCGUACAGAACCUUUCUAACCUGCUUCCUCUGCCAUAUAUGAACUCAUCUGCGGUCGCCUCGCCACCAACCCAAGGCAACAUACAGCCCACUGUCAGCGAUGCGACAGUAAUGCUCGAUGCUGAUGAUGCGCCGGCUCCUAAGUACACACCACCGCAACCACGGACCGCAUUCUCAUCGUUCAUAGAUCACCCCGAUGAGUUCAUCGUCUUUCUCGAAGCAUGCCUCGGAGACGAGAGCAUAUCCGACGAAAACAAGACCGACCUUUACACAACUCUGUUCGAGAUGUACCUGCACAAAUCUACAGAAGUGAAGAGCGAGCACGACCGUGAGCAGUGGGAGCAAAAGGCCAAGAAACUUAUCGAAGGCCGAGGCGUACCCAUAGAAAACUCAAAUGUGCUGCUGCUCUCACAUCUCUCAGAGUUUCGAGACGGCACGACGCUGGUCAAGGAGCAGGCCGGUCUGCUCUCGGACAUUUUUCGCUCCUACACCUCGGCUAAGGAUACUCGCGGCGCGAUGAAAGCUCUCCGCAAGUACGGCCCACAGGAGCCCUCCCUGUACCCCGCCGCGUUGGCAUACCUGACCUCCGACUCCCGCGUCCUCGACGAAGCAGGGCUCGACGAGCUGGCCAACAUCCUGAACACGAUCGACAAGGACGGCCUGCUGGCGCCGCUGCAGGUAGUGCAGAUGCUGUCCAAGAACGCAGUGGCAACGAUGGGCAUGAUCAAGCCGUACCUGCACGAGACGAUCGAGCGCGAACGCAAGGACAUCGCGUCCAACCGGCGACGGGUCGCAGGGUUCCGGUCCGAGACGGAGCAGCGGCGGGCCGAGAUCGCGGACCUCGGCGCCAAGCCGGCCGUGUUCCAAGCCACGCGGUGCCCGGUGUGCACGCAGAUGCUAGACCUGCCGGCGGUGCACUUUCUGUGCAAGCACAGCUUCCACCAGCGCUGCCUGCGCGGCGGCGAUGGCGUCGACGGCGAGUGCCCGCUGUGCGCCCAGAACAACUCCACCAUCAGGGCCAUCAAGCGCGGCCAGGAGGAAAAUGCCGACCGCCACGAGCUGUUCAAGGACGAGCUCGAGCGCAGCGAGGACCGCUUCGCGACCGUGGCGGAGUGGUACGGGCGGGGCGUCAUGAAUGUGCAGCAGAAUCUGGAAUGA